GCGGGGAAAUGAUCAGGUCCAGGUCAUGGCACUAUACCACCAACCAUGGCCGCCUUGCGCCAUACCUGCGGCUCGCCUUGAUCUUACAUGCCCUGUCGAAGAAGAAAAGACACCAAAUUACACUCCAGAGAGAUUUUAUCCCAUUAGGUUGGGACAGCUGCUGAAUGGUAGAUAUCAGGUGGCGACCAAGCUUGGGUAUGGCGCUAACUCGACCGUUUGGCUUGCUCGAGAUCUCAACCGGUGGAGGUGGUCUACAGAAAAGUAUGUUGCUAUCAAAGUCAACGCGACCAAGACUUUACACCGACGAGCUUCUGCAGAAAAUGAAAUCGAUAUCCUCCAGCAUAUCAAUCGAACAAACCCCAAGCACCACGGAUGGAACUUUAUUCGAAAGCUUACUGACAAUUUCUCCCUCGAGAGCCCACAUGGCAGCCACCCUUGCCUCGUAUUGGAACCUCUGCGUGAGCCGCUUUUGCUAUAUUGCUCCAGAUACAUUGGGGGCGUCAUCCCUCCAGACAUCUUGAAGAUUCUGCUUCAGAUGAUACUCCUUGGACUCGACUACCUUCACAAUGAGUGCCACGUUAUUCAUGCCGAUCUCAAGCCCGAUAAUAUCAUGAUACGGAUCGAAGACUCCAAGAUGUUUGAAAAGGAUGCAAUCGAAGAAUACAACAACCCGUUGCCAGAGAAGCAACUAGACGACCGCACCAUUUACUUAUCGCGGAACAACUACGGACCUCUUGCCAGACCAACGGGAACCAUACAGCUGGUUGACUUUGACCUCGCUGUUCAUUCCAAGUCCGGGGAGUUGCACUAUGGUGCGAUUCAAGGAGAAAUAUACCGAGCGCCAGAAGUCAUAAUCGACUCUGGAUACAGCUACUCUGCGGAUAUCUGGAGCCUUGGAGUAAUGCUUUGGGACUUGCUUGAAAAACAAAGUCUCUUCAACCCUGUGACUCUAGGGGACGGGAAGGAAUACGACGACUUGACCCAUUUGGGGCAGAUCACCGCCCUGCUAGGCCCUGCCCCCCAAGACCUUCUGACUAAAGGGAGAAGAUCGACCUUGUACUACCAGGAGGACGGAGAGCUGAAAGACCCGAGCCGUAUACCCAGCAAUUUCAACCUUGAGAGCACGCUUACAUAUAUAGCUGGUGAGGAAAAACAGCAAUUUGUUCAGUUUGUCAAGAGAAUGAUAGCCUGGCGCCCCGAAGAACGAAGCACAGCCAAAGAGCUUCUAGACGACCCAUGGCUCUACAAAGACUUCCCUCGAGAUUAGACAACACAGUCGAAGCAAUAAAA